UGUGUCCUGGAAUGUGCGUUGUCCUAUUGUGACCGGACAAGGAUGCCCUUCUAUUUGAACCUAGAAGAAAUCUUCUUUCAUCAUGCUCACAACAGCCACUGGAUAUGUUUGAACAGUAUCCGCCAGCAUUGGUUUUAGAAGUAUAUAGCUUUUCGCGCGCACAUGCCGAACCCGUUUCAGAAUAUGGUUCUUCUUUCCAGGCCGACCUCGGAUUCCUUUUAACACAGCGAUGGACACAGCGAUGGAAGGCGCACGGAUGGACGACGAGAAUCUUGCUGCCACUGACCCGUCGAAACAACUCCCAAGCGUUGGGGUUCUUUGCCGCCUUGGGGAACCAUCUACCGACGCGGAUAAGCAUAAUACGUCGAAACGCUCCUCGGGGGGGAUCGGAAGAUCCCAGGCCGAUGAUGGCACGGGGAGUGGCGUUAACAGGGCUAUGAAAGAGGAUCUUGGCGAGCGCGGUGACAGAGAGAACCAAAAAAGCGACGCGAGGUUGAUCAGGAGACCUGAGAAACAACGGUACACUGGCAUAGAGAAUGGCAAAGGAAGUGCCAGUACCGAAACGAAACUCAAAUCUACGUUGACCAAGGGACCCGAGAAACACCAACAGAGUGGCAUCAGGAACAGCAAAGGAAGUUUCAACACCGAAACGAAGUCCAAAUCAAAACAACGAGCAACAGGCGUAACCCAACGUAUUCGAGCAGAAGAAUCAGGUCCAGGAAGUGCUAGUGCCGAAACAAAACCCGAAUCAAACCAGAGAGCAACAGGCCUACCCCGACCCAUUCGAGCAGAAGGAACAGAUCCAAGAAUCUCCACGCUUGCAAAGAACCCCAGAGCGAAUGAGAAAUCUACUAUAGGCCCAGUGCAAGAAGCCAUGAGUAUUAGCGAGUUUGCGACGCGUCUUGACAAGGCAAAGUCCAGCAGGGAAAUGGGGGUGACACAGAGACUAAAUGUGAAAGCAAGCCGUACAGGCAUUAGGUCUUUGGAUUCAGGGGAGGCCUCAAAGCGAAUCGUUCCCGUGGGUUCGAGAACUAUGGAUAGCAAGCCCAGACUGACACUCGACACGAACGUUGGACCUCAAAGCGGUGUGGUUCUUGAGCCACCGCGAUACGAAAUAAAAGGUCAGGAGUCUAAAAGGGUUAGGACAAAAAGCUCAACCGCUGGAGAUAAAAGGCGGGGAAUCGAUGAUAAACCAUUGAUGAAGACCGACAAGAUCAUCCAAGAGACAAAAGAUACCUUUAUUCGGGUUGGAGGUGGAAGCGGCAGCUCCAGUUCCGAAGAUGAGAUUAUACCGAAAGCCAAGGAGAACACACACGGUCAUAGAGAGCUUGGGACUAUAAAGGCGAUAUUGAUGAGACUUCCCCUCCUAGCGAGAGAAGAACGUCCCGGUGAAGCAGACUUCGAUCUCGAACCGGAUAACUCGGAGGGAAUAUUAGACUACAAUGAAGAAGCGCACAAGAAGGAGCUACGGGAAAAGCAUGAGUUAAGAAUGCGAUUGUACGGGUGGGUGAAGACAGAGCCGAAGAAACCGGUCUAUAGCGGAGAAGGGAGUAAUUAUUUUGUUUUCAGCAGUACGGCGUCGCCUCCCCUAGUUCACGAAAUCGUCAGCUAACGAACUGCUCUUCCAGCAUUCCCCGAAGUGCAGAUCGAAGCCACGAUCUGGAGUCUGAACAACCUCACCAACAUGUGUAUCAUCUUGAACGAUGAUGACGACGCAGUAACUCACGCGGGGGAAGCCCUCAAACAAGCGAACAGACUCGGAUUCCCCCAAUAUGAACAGAAAUGCCAUUACUAUAUUGGGAGGAUAGCUGCCAAAGCUGGCGCGAAAUGCGUUGCAUACCAAAGCAUGAAGCAUGCAGCUAAGGCGGAACAGUGGUUCC